AUGAAUCUGCGACCACCAAAGAAAAAGAAAAGAGCAAAGUCCAACCCACAGAUACCAUUUCCUAUUCCAUUAAAUGGAACAGAAGAAUGGCCAGUAUAUACAGCUCAUCUAACAGAUGUGGGCUCAUGUAUAAUUGAACCUGAAGAGAUUAAUGCAGUACAUUCCAUGGGAUUUUUUGGCAAGGGAUCACUAUCACGUAGUUAUCCUUCCUUUGGUAAACCAAGGUAUGGAGCACCACCAGUAGUACGGAACAGACAGUGGCUUCGUAGGCAAGAAUGGUUGAAAGAAGUUAAGGAGUUAAAUUCAACUACUUCUUCCAACUACAAAGAUACAAAAAUGGAUAUUUUAUAUGAAGAAAAAAAUAUGGAUAGCCGGAAAGAAAACUUGGAUGAUAUUGUCGAAAUAUAUUCAAAUUCCACUACUGAGAAUGAUAGUGAGCAGAAUAACGAAGUUAACACAAAAGACGCAGAAGUCGAUGAAAUUGUACUAGAUUCUGCGGAGGAAGAUGAUAUAUGCGUAAUCGCUAAUAGAAACUCUGAUAAAUGUGACGAUGUUUGUGUUAUUACGAAUAUCACUCAUGAUAAUCAAGAUUGCCCAGAAGAAGAGAAAGACGUUGAGGAACUCUGCAACUUAGAUUACUACGAUUUCAAAGGCACUGAUGAUCGUGCAACUGACGACAAAAAUCUUCAUGGAACUGUGUUAGUUCUGCCGGACAGCGAUUCGGAGACGGAAAACUAUUUGCAGAAUAUCAAACCGAAAAUCGAGAACGAUGGUUUUCCCGUUCGUGAGGCUCUCCAUCUUACUUUCGAAGAAACCUUCUUUCUAAUGUUCGGAUUAGGUUGCCUACAAGUGGUUCAUUUCGAUGGCAGUCUAAUUGACAUUAACAACGCCUGGCUAUACUUUUGCAAGGAAAAAACAGACUUCCUGCAGAAAUAUGUAGUCUACCAUUAUUACAGAAGUAAAGGAUGGAUAGUUAAAUCUGGUAUCAAAUAUGGCGGCGAUUUUUUGAUUUAUAAAGAAGGACCACCCUUUUAUCACGCUUCUUACAUCGUCAUAGUUGAGGUAGUAGAUGCGGACUCGUUAAUUGUAGAUUCUGCUACAUCCAGUCGAUCCGUUACAUGGAACAGUUUGUUUGGACUAGAAAGACUGUCCGAAACUGCUGCAAAAGAGAUACUUUUCGCACAAGUUUUAUGGCCGUCAUCUGUAUCUCAAGAUCUCAGUAUGACUAGCCCUGAAAUACUCUCUGAAUUUACUGUAAGGGAAUUAUUGUGGCGUCGAUGGAAUCCGAAACAACAUCGGGAAGAUAUUCCUACUGAGGAGGAAGACUCUUGCUAA